AUGGGCCCUUUGCCAGCAGCAAGGGUAACUCCGUCGCGCGCGUUCGUCAAGUCCGGCGUGGACUAUUGCGGUCCGUUUUUCGUUCGGCCACCGAAUCGCCGCGGAAACUCGGUAAAAAUAUUCGUCGCGAUAUUCGUCUGUAUGGCCUCCAAGGCAGUCCAUAUCGAAAUGGUCUAUAGCCUGUCGUCGGAUUCGUUCGUGAGUGCGCUCAAACGGUUCGUUUCACGUCGCGGUCGCGUGUCCGACGUGUAUUGCGAUAAUGCUCGUACUUUCGUUGGGGCAAAUCGCCAGCUCCAGGAGCACAAGCAGCAGUUUGAUGCUAUCCACCGCUCUACCGGAUUAGCAGAAAGCUGCACUGAAGCAGGGAUCAACUUCCACUUCAACCCAGCGCGUUCUCCCCACUUUGGAGGGUUGUGGGAGGCCGCCGUCAAGAUCUUCAAACAUCAUCUCUAUCGCAUCAUGAAGACUACGCUCCUUACCAUCGAAGAGUUCCAGACUCUCAUUACUCAAAUCGAGGGCAUAAUGAACUCACGGCCUCUCACUCCCUUAUCAUCUGAUCCUGCUGAUGUGGUGGCUCUAACGCCGGGCCACUUUUUAGUGGGAGAGCCGUUACACUCUCUCCCUGAACCUGAUUUGAGUGAUAUUCCCGUUAAUCGCCUCAACUCUUUCCAGCACAUGCAACAGAAGGUACAACAUUUCUGGCGGGUGUGGUCUCGCGACUACAUCGGGCAGCUCCAAAGUCGCCAACAUUGGCCGUUGGUCCAACUCGACAUCCAGGUUGGGACGAUGGUGCUGCUCAAGAAGGAAGCGGCUCCGCCAAUGAAGUGGCCCCUUGGUCGGAUCGAAGCCGUGUUCCCCGGCAAUGACGGCCACGUUCGAGUCGUUCAGGUCCGAACGGCUACUGGAUGCUAUCGGCGGGCCAUCACUGAAGUUUGUCCUCUGCCCGUUGAGAGCGGCACCGAGGCGAACGAAGUACCAGACGCUCCAUCUUCACCGAGUGCACCACCUGCCACCACCCCCUACGGAUGA